UAGAUUCAGUAUUGUACGUUGUAUGCACUCAAUAUUUGUUCGGGGUUCUUUUUGCUCGAUUUACUGCAUCAAUGUUGCAUGGCAUGCAAGUUCUGCUGGAAGCCCAGCCUUCAGCUUGUCUGCAUCGUUGGGUCUGGUGUCUCUUGUCUCACUUCUGGUAAUACCCCAUAGAUAUAUUCUAAUCAAUUGAGUUGGACCCAUUUGCUCACAUUUAAAGACUAAAAACAUCUAAAGGUCGAGUGUAAUAGACAGAUACAGAACUCUGGACACAUGUGGGUUAAUUGUAAACUGAAAUAUGACCUCCCUUCAAUUGCAGCUGUAGCUGACUUUAUCUUUAGCCCGCAUAAAAAUAGUUUAGCGAUGAAGUCCAAUGUCUUUGCCGGUAUUCCCUCCCCCAUUCAUACCACCUAGUUAUUUGUGUUUUGAAUACUUUGAUAAUUACAUCCGAAAAAUAGGAAGUAUUUACGUGGGACCAAACGAUCACGAUCUGUUUUCUCCUCUUAGCUCGCAUGAAUUGCGCCAAGUGUGCGCCAUUAUGUCUGAUGCUCGAUGCUCAUGUUUAUUUCCCACUUGCACUAAUUUCAUUCAUUAACAGCUGCAGCUAUCUUAUCUUCCUUUAUGAACUUUCCUCUCAAACCUCCCCUUUGCGUUUGACGGACAUUUGCUGUUUUCAUGGAGCCCAACAUGUCGCCUGUAAAGUUGCUCCUAUCUUGUAUAUUCUUUGGAGAGGCUCUUGCGCUGUCAGGGAGCUUUUGGCAUAUCACGGAUUUGCACUGGGACCCGACUUACAAACUAACGGAUAACCAGGAGCUAGUGUGCGCAUCUAGUGGUAAACGACCAGCUCUCAGUGCUGGUAAAUUUGGAGACUAUGUCUGUGACGCGCCAUGGCACCUGAUCAACUCCUCGGUGUACGCCAUGAAGAGAAUCCUGCCGGAUCCAGACUUCAUUGUGUGGACAGGAGAUGAUACACCACAUGUCCCAAAUGAGAAUCUAGGAGAAGAGGCGGUGAUCAACAUCAUUGGCAACCUCACUCACAUCAUAACGGAGGUGUUUCCACAUAUUAAAGUGUAUUGUGCACUGGGGAACCAUGACUUCCACCCGAAGAGUCAGCUUCCUCCAGGCCCAAACUCCAUGUAUGACAAAAUAGCAGAAUUGUGGCAAGACUGGCUGGAUCAAGAUUCUAAAAAAACAUUUAAAAAAGGUGACACAUCUGAAACCACUGAAAACAUGUUAAUCAUUGCAUGUUUCACAAAAAAACUAGAUAAAUACUAUUUUUGUGUAGGUGGAUAUUACACAGAAAAGCUCCUAAACCAAGCAGGUUACAGGAUGCUGGUCCUCAACACCAAUCUCUACUACGACCAGAACAAGGAGACCUUGAAUGUUGCUGAUCCGGCAGGCCAGUUUGGCUGGUUGGAGCAGACCCUUACAGCUGCAGCCAACAACAAAGAGAGGGUCUUCAUCAUUGGUCAUGUUCCUCCAGGUUUCUUUGAGAAGAAAAGAAAUAAACCAUGGUUCACACAAAAGUUCAACAAAAGAUAUUUAGAAAUAAUUCAGAAGCAUCAUUCGGUCAUAAUCGGGCAGUUCUUUGGCCAUCAUCAUACUGACAGCUUUCGCAUGUUCUACAACACAGAAGGCCUGCCCAUUAGCACAAUGUUUCUCAGCCCAGGAGUCACACCAUGGGAAACAACACUUCCUGGAGUCGUGAAUGGAGCAAACAACCCUGGGAUUCGUGUCUUUGAAUAUGACACUGAAACAUUGCUGGUAAAAGAUGUGGUGACAUAUUAUCUGAAUCUCACACAAGCUAAUGCGAACACAGAACGCUGGGAGAAAGAGUACCGCCUCACAGAAAGCUUCAGAGUGCCCGACGCCUCUCCUGCCUCCAUGCACCAGCUUCUGGAACGCAUGGCAGCCAAUCGGUGCUACCUGCAGAAGUACUACGAGUUCAACUCUGUCAGCUAUGAUCUGACAGAGUGUGACGGCGACUGUCGUGUUGACCAUGUAUGUGCAGCAAGAGAAGUAGACUUUCAGAGGUAUGAGCAAUGCCUGGUGAAGGAAGGAGCAGCUUCUAUUAAUGGAGGACUCCUCCUGGUCGUUUCUGUGGCAGCAACCAUUGUAAUAGCUGGCUGGUAGAGAUGAUCAGCAUCACAGUUUUUUUUUUUUUUUUAAACACUUCAUAUAGAGGUACAUCUCAAUUAAUUUAAAUAUGAAUAAAAAAUGUAUUUAUUUCAUGUCAUUCAAUCCAAAAUGUUAUAGAUUCUUUACACAAAGUUAUAUAUUUCAUGAUAUGUUUACUUUUGAUGAUCAUAGCUAACAACUAAUGGAAAACCAAAAUUUAGUUUCUCUGAAAAUUUGAUUUUUUACAUGACAGAUCUUUUAAGUAUACAAAAAUAUUAUGUUAUCUCCAUAUUAUGACCUACACAAACAUGGAGAAAACUGCUGAUGUGACAGUUUUCCAACAGACAGUCACUAUCCAACCAUAUUAAUGGAAAGUUAGAUUCUAAUUUAUUGUAAUGCACAUGAACGUUUACCAGCUGGUUGGUUGUUUCAAACCCUACUGAAAAGAUAAUUUCUUGUAUAAACUAGUGAAAUACUUCCACGAGGCAUAGCACAAUAAAUUAUAAGUUAUACAUCUGCCUAACCUUAAAUCAGUGCAUGACAACUGUAUUCUCAUGAAUCGACAUUCUGGAUUGAGUCAUGUCAAAUGUUUUCUCCCCAGAAACUGUUUAAAUCCCAUUCUUUAAAUGAAAAGGGAAAAAAGGAGUUGACAUAAUGUUAUUUCUGCAGAAAUAAACAUAUUUCCUAAUCA